AGUAUCCACUGCACCUUAGCUCAUUCGAUCCUAACCCGCUACCGCUUUCUCAACGAAGAAAGCUUGAGAUGACGAAAACUCCUUUGUCACUGUUGCCGCGAAUUCUAUUCUUAUCCAAGAAUCAGAGUUUUCCUUCAUGUAUAAUGAUAUAAUAAACCCCAAACCACGACAGAAUAGUGAUGCACCUUCUACGUGGCUGCUCGGACCGACUCUUCUUUGCUUUAGCAGCACAUGUUCUUGUUGUUCUGUUAAUUUCGGAAAUUGGUGAAGUGGGCUCGUAGAUGCUGGUCCAGAACGUGUGGUUUUUGUGAAAUGUUGCAGAAUUUUGGAGAAUUUUAUCCUCAAAAGCUGAGAUUGCUGAGAAAGGGGCGGGCUUGAAUGUGCAUUUUGUUGUAAGUGUUUUAUCUUGUGGCUGGUAGUAGUUGUUGGGUUUUUCGACCAAAAAAGUAGUUGUUGGGUUUAGGUUGUUGCUGAAAUUUGAUUCUUGGGGUUGAUUGAUUUUGGUCUUGUGGUAAGUAAUCUAGAAUCGGUCUGUGGCAAGUUAAAGAUAUUGGUAAUGUUAUUGCUGAAAUUUGGUUGUUGGGAUUUCGAAUAGCAAGUGAUUUUGCUGAUUAAUCUGGUUGUUUAUGUGAACUUGCUGGCUCGGUAGAUGCUGUAGUUUCUGAAAUUUGUUAUCAACUUAUGAUAAGUGAGAUCAUAAUAUUGAAAGGCUAAACUUUACUGACUACUAUGAAAAGUAAUUCAGAGAUUGAAGGGCUAAAUUGCGUUCUAUGAGGGUUUGACAGUGGUGUUGGUGAAAUUGGGGUCAUCAGUUAAAUUUAAGAACUUUGACAUAUAUGAUAGUGUGUUCCUUUACAGUUUAAAUACAUAGUGAGGGGGAAAACUAGGGAUGGCCAUGGCAAGCAAAACCAGAAAUAUGCUCGAGAAUCUUGUACGAGAAGGAUCCUUUAAAUGGUUGCUUGGAAAUCGAAGCCCUUUUGAUGAAGAAUUGGAGGAGAUGGGAAGGUCUCCCUCAGCCCAGACCAAUUGGGUACCAGAGCUAUCUCCUAUUGCAAACAUAGUUGUCCGUAGAUGCUCAAAAAUCCUUGGUGUUCCUACAACUGAGCUUCGUGAAGGCUUCAAUUCAGAGGCUUCUGAAUCUAUAAAGCUUCCAUUGUGCUAUGCAAAAAACUUUUUGGAAUAUUGCUGCUUUCGAGCACUUGCUCUGUCAACUCAAGUAACAGGUCAUCUGGAUGACAGAAAGUUUCGACGCCUGACUUAUGACAUGAUGCUAGCUUGGGAGGCUCCAGCUGCAACAAGCCAAGCUAUACUAACGGGGCCCACGGCUUUUGUGCAGUUAGAUGAGGAUUUAUCAGUUGGGGUAGAGGCUUUCUCUAGAAUAGCUCCGGCAGUUCCUACUAUUGCAAACGUCAUUAUCAGUGAGAACAUAUUUGAGGUGCUUACAGCAUCAACUGGUGGAAGGCUUCAAUUCUCCACAUAUGACAAGUACCUAAGUGGACUAGAAAGAGCAAUAAGGAAAAUGAGGACCCAAUCAGAGUCAUCACUUCUUUCUGCCAUGCGAUCACCAAGAGGAGAGAAGAUUCUGGAAGUGGAUGGAACAGUCACUAUCCAACCAGUUCUUGAGCAUGUAGGAAUUUCUACAUGGCCUGGAAGGUUAAUUCUGACAGACCAUGCGUUUUACUUCGAGGCUCUACGUGUUGUAUUUUAUGACAAGGCAAAACGAUAUGAUCUAUCAGAUGACCUAAAACAGGUUGUGAAACCUGAGUUGACCGGCCCAUGGGGUACUAGACUUUUUGACAAGGCAGUCUUUUAUAAAUCAAUUUCAUUAUCAGAACCAGCUGUAAUUGAGUUUCCUGAGCUGAAGGGGCAUACUCGUCGUGAUUAUUGGCUAGCAAUCAUAAGGGAGAUUUUAUAUGUUCAUAGAUUUAUAAAUAAUUUCCAGAUCAAGGGGGUUAAACGGGAUGAAGCUCUUUCAAAGGCUGUGCUUGGGAUUCUGCGACUACAGGCCAUUCAAGAAAUUUGUUCUGCAAAUCCUUUACGCUACGAGGCUCUUUUAAUGUUCAAUCUUUGUGAUCAAUUACCAGGUGGAGAUUUGAUACUUGAAACCCUUGCAGAUAUGUCAACUGUAAGGGAAUUAGAUAGGUCUAGCUAUUCUAAGCCUGGAGGUGGAAUGUAUUCGAUCUCAGCCUUGGAUAUGAUUUCUAACUUGGGCUUUGCAUUUGGAACAAGUUCUAAUAAUUCUGUUGAGGCUGGGCUUGCCGUGGGUGAGAUAACUGUGGGAGAAGUUACUCUGCUGGAAAGAGCAGUUAAGGAAUCUAAAAACAACUAUGAAAAAGUGGCGCAAGCACAAGCAACAGUAGAUGGAGUCAAAGUGGAAGGCAUCGAUACAAAUUUUGCAGUGAUGAAGGAGUUACUGUUUCCAUUUAUGGAACUGGGGAAGUGCCUUCUUUCUUUAGCAUUCUGGGAGGAUCCAAUGAAGUCUUUGGUUUUCUGUGGUGUUUUCACUUACAUCAUUUGCAGGGGAUGGCUGAGCUAUGCCUUUGCACUUAUGCUUGUCUUUAUUGCGGUCUUCAUGGUCCUCAGCCGAUAUUUUAGCCAAGAGAAGUCCAUUCAUGAGGUUAAGGUGUUAGCACCUACGGCAAUGAAUACAAUGGAACAGCUUUUGGCUGUUCAGAAUGCAAUUUCCCAAGCUGAAGGGAUCAUCCAGGAUGCGAAUGUUGUUCUUCUCAAGAUACGGGCCUUGCUACUGUCCCUUUUUCCUCAGGCAAGCGAAAAAUUUGUGGUAGCUCUUGUGGUUGCAGCUUUGACUCUGGCCUUCAUGCCCAGUAGAUAUGUUUUUCUAUUAAUGUUUUUGGAGAUGUUCACGAGGUAUUCGCCUAUGAGAAGAGCUAGCACGGAGAGAUGGAUGAGAAGAUUGCGAGAGUGGUGGUUCAGCAUACCGGCGGCUCCCGUUAUACUUGAAAGAGAAAAGGAAGAGAAAAAGAAGAAAUGAUGCUGUAAUUAUUUGUAUUGUAUGUUUAUGUAACGGUUUCUGUGUCACAUAGAGAGUAGUGAGUGUAUAUCUUAACAAGGAAGGAAGUCGAAAUAAACUCAUGAAAAUUAAGAAAAAUGGAAAAAAAUAAAAAGGUUUGGUUUGUAUCCCUGCUGUUCUGUAUAAAGUUGUUAAUAAUUAGAAUCCUGAUCAUAAAAUGCAAAUGUGGGUAAACUUA